AUGAGCGCCCACGUCGUGGUACUGGACGCCACAGCCAGGCGGGCAACAAUCAAAACAACACCGGCCAAAUAUUUAACGGAUAUUCUACAAGAGGCCUGCUCGAAACUUGGCUACAAUUCUAACCAAUACGGGUUGAAGCACAAUCGCAAGCAACUAGAUCUUUCCCUCUCAUUUCGUCUCUCUGGUCUUAGCAGCGGUGCUAAGCUUGAGCUUGUUCAGCUCUCUCGCUCACCAUCCGUUGUCACUGUCGCCCUCCAGCUUCCAGAGUCUGAAGCACGCGGGGCUCCAAAUUCCCGCAUAAUCGACAAGUUUCCCAGCACGACUACACUAUGGUUAGUGCUACGCAAGUUCGAAGCGGGAGUUGCCGGUAGUGGACCAUUGCGAAACCUCACAGCGCGCGGAGUGUCUUCCAGCACCGUUUCUAACAAUUUACGUCUGUUCUACGAGAUACCUGUGCUUCAGAUUAUGGGACGCGAGCUAUCAAGCUUUACAGACCUGCAGAAAUCUCUCGCCCAGUUAGGCUUUAACGAUGGUAAUCUGCUUAUUCGACUAAGCUUCCGUCGCACAGAGGAGCCUCUUGACGAAGCUAUGCCAAAAAUUGCGGAAUACUUUAAAUCAACAGGUGAUGAUACACCACCUCCUGUGAAAACCCAAGCCUCCGAUAUUACGAUGGCAGAGGAAACCCUCGAAAAUCUCCCACAGCAACCUACAAUUCCGGCAUCAUCUGAAUCUACAAGCGAACAACCUGUGCCGUCAGCGACGAGCCAGGAUUCUGCGAUCUCAGAAGCUCGUUCAGAUCAAGCUAUCUUGACCUCAAACCGACCUGUUACCGUUUUUUCUCCUCCAUCGGAUGACACUCCUUCGUCAGCACAAAUACCAUACAAUGAAGACGAUUAUGUUCCCUCGAUAGAACAUGCAAAAAGCCACCAACGGAUACUCCAACAAUCGUCCCGCAAUAAGCGCUUACCUACAGACGCUGAAAUAGCUGCCAAAGAAGCUGCGGACGAGAAAAGACGGGCUGGAAUUCAAGAAGUGGAUGUAAAAGUCCGCUUCCCCGACCAGAGUCAGGUAGUUGCUAAAUUUGGCCCUUCAGAUACCGGCCAGUCACUGUAUGAUUUUGUCCGCAGCUGUCUGGUACCGGAAUUUGUUGCAGAGAAGUUUGUUUUGAACGCCUUUGUGAGCUCCGCACAUGCAAAUGUGAUACCCGAGUCCAACAAGUCACUUCUAAUCAAGAACCUGGGUCUGGCUGGCCGUGUCCUUGUCAAUUUCACGUGGGCUGAAACAGCUGCGGCAGCAGUUCGCCAGCGCCAAACGGAAAUCCUACGCCAGGAACUCCGUAGUCAGGCUCGCGAAUUGAAGGUCGAACAGCCGCCGCCUGUGGAGGAAUCGCCGGUUUCGAAGACAAACGAAGCAGGCCCUAGUGCUACCGCCGAAGGCAGCAAGCCUGCCGGAACUCGAAAGAGUGGUGUGCCCAAAUGGCUGAAGCUGCCAGGGCAGAAACGUUAG